AUGGCGACCAACCACAGCGAUGUUGAACUCAUCCCUGGUACGGAGAUUAUCAACGAGGAUAGCUCUGCACAGAAGACGCUCAUACCCACACCCUCUUCUGAUCCUCGCGAUCCUUUGAAUUGGACCCGGAAAUGGAAGCUCAUGGUGAUGGCCUCGCAAUGGCUCUUCACUUGGAUCUCCGUUACCGGCGCACUAUCCAUUGCGCCGAUGUUCCCUCUUCUGGGCGCCCAGUUCCACCUUAACAACAAUCAGUUGGCUAUGCUGACUGGCAUCACCGUUAUCACACUCGGUUUCGCCAACUUCAUCAUCGUGCCGCUCUCCAAUAUCUUCGGUCGACGCGCUAUCAGCUUGACCUUUUCCGUGUUCAUUCUUUUGUCAUGCGUAUGGCAGGCGAUGGCGACCAGUCAUAGUAGUCUGCUGGCGGCGCGUGCUGUCAACGGUCUGGCUUGUGCGACGAGCGAGAGUAUCCCUGUGCAGAUGAUUGCCGAUGUCUUCUACCAGCACGAGAGGGGUCUCUGGACGGGUGUAUACUUCACCGGCUACUUCAUGGGAGCUUUCCUGGGUCCGAUCAUGGCUGGUUCCAUGGCAGCUCAUUAUGGCUGGCAGUCGUUCUUCUGGCUAGAGACCGCAUUGUCUGGUGUUUCAGUCAUUCUGAUCGCACUCACCUUCCCCGAGACCAAAUACCAUCGCGGCAACACAACAAUCAUCCAAUCCACCAGCAGCAACGCCAGCAACGAGGACCAGACCAAGCUCGAAAAACAAGCAACGGAGGCCGGAAUUCAAGACUCGGAGCGGAGCUCACUCGAGCAGCCCAUCACUGUGCAGGGGCGCCCAUCUCGCGCCCAGUUCAUGCCGUUCAUGAAGCCAGAUGCGAGGUGGAAGAUAUUUGUCGUGCGCGACACCUGGACGCCCAUCAAGGUCUUCUUCAACCCGAUCAUCUUGUGGGCAGGUUUGAUGCUUGCUGGCCCAGCCGACAUCCUGCUCUUCUUCAAUCUCACCGAGUCGCCUGUCCUCGCUGCACCUCCGUACCUGUUCAAGCCAGAUCAAGUUGGAUAUACAAAUUUCGCGUUCGCGAUUGGCGCCUUGUUCGGGCUAGCAACAGCAGGCCCAUACUCCGACUGGGUAUCUGCCCGCGCAGCACGUAAGAAUGGCGGCGUGCGCGAAGCGGAGAUGCGCCUUCCGGCUUUGUUCAUUUACGUCGUCAUCAUGAUGCUCUCGAUCAUCCUCGGCGGCAUUGCAUACCAGCAGCAGUGGGCGUGGGGUCACAUCGUGGUUUGGGGCUACGGGCUGGCUGGCCUCAGCGUCACCACCGUGCCCACCAUCGCCAUCGCCUACGCGAUCGACUGCUACAAGCCCAUCUCCGGAGAGAUCAUGGUUGUCGCUACAGUCUGCAAGAACUUCAUCGGUUUCUCGUACAGUUACUGGGUUUUCGACCUUGCGCACGUGAGCAAGAAUGGGUGGAUUACCCCCGCCAUGGUCAUUUUCGCUUGCGCAAUGGGGCCUGCGCUGUUUGUAUUCCCGUUGUACUUUGGGUUGGGCAAGCGAAUUCGGCGAUGGACGAAGGACAGUGAUGUUCACCGCAUGGAAGAAGUGAUCUAG